AUGACAGGAGGCAAUUUUUCAGUUCGCGAUGUCGACCUAGCUACAAAUUCUAUUGAUGAUGUCAUUGAAAUCGACGACAGUGUCGACGAUAUCAUUGACGUUGAUGCAAUUACCCCUGCAAAGCCGCCGAAGACAGAAAAAAGGCCACCCUUUGUUUUGGAAGAAGGCUUGGAAGAAGACGAGCUUUCCCAACCGUUUGUCGAUAUCCAUGACCUCUUCAACAAGUUCAAUUAUGAUCACUUUGAUGGAAAGAUUACGGCAACGUUUGUCGAGUAUUCUUCGAGAAUGACCCUAUGCGCCGGUACCUGUACUUUCAAAGGCGCCGCAGGAGGUUGCAGAAUUGCCUUGAGUGAACCAUUGCUCAAAUUUAGACCACGCUCCGAUUUGGUAAGUACGCUUCUUCAUGAAAUGAUACAUGCAUUCUUAUUCAUAACGGAAGGUGUUGCAGUUCGGGAUGGUGUCGACGGGCAUGGCCCGAAGUUUCUUGCACAUGCUGAUCGGAUAAACCGUGUCAUGGGGGCCAAAGCGAAUAUUACUCCUUACCAUACGUUUACGGAUGAAGUGGAUGUUCACCGUGUGCAUCAUUGGACAUGUAAUCGAUGUACUAAGGUCAUCAAAAGGGCCAUGAACAGAGCACCCGUUCCUCGUGACCCUUUUUGGCCAAGUCACCGGAAGGCGUGUGGCGGAAGCUUCAUCAAAACGAAGGAGCCUCCAAAGAAGAAGAAAGUGCUGAAGCGGGCCCCCAAGCGAAGAGCUGUGGCGAUUGAUGCUGCGACGAAGAAUGACGUACAACUACCGAAAGGCGUCAUGCGUACCCGCCGCAUUGAUAGCAUGCUCGCCGGAGAAAGUUCAAACAGUAAGCGAGAGAUGGUGUCAUGUCCAGUAUGUAACACCCCCGUUGCAAAACUGGAACUCAACGAUCAUCUAGACCGAUGUCUCUCCCCGGCGUUGUUUUCUGACGAGGCUACGAAAGAAAUCUGCAUUCCCGAUUCGGACGAUGAGAAGGGUCAUUCUCAAGCCAGCGGCAGAAUGCAGCUGCAAAUCAACAUCCCAAACACGCUCUCUUUCGAAUCGAAAGACCUCGCAGAUGGUGGUAGAUCUCGAAGCCACGACUCGUGGGAGAGCGCAUUGCGAUUAAAGCAAUCAAGAAAUCAGUAUGAUGCCUUGAAGCGAAUGAUACCAGACACAGAUCUCUUAAUGUCCUUUUCCAUGAAUCCUCUCCAUGUUAACCGAGAAGACGUCUUGGGUGCAUUCCACGUCCCAUCACGAAAAUUCAAUAAGGCGUCACAGCCGGGUUCGGCAGUAGCGUCGCUGUUGCAACAAGUCACACGAGAGGAAUCUCCCUGUGAGCAACAGCGAUUAGGUGCAGAACGUCUGAUGCGUCAAGUGGGGAAUGGGCUCUUGGUGGAAGAGACUAUGAUUAACAAACUUGCCGAGCAACACGGUGUCAAUGUGGAAACAAUUCUUGAAAGAACUCUCGUCCAGAAGAACUUGAGAAAGGGCAACAGCUAUGUCAUCCCCGAGAGUAUUUUCAAGCAAGCUCAAUCUAAACAGAGCGAACCAGCAUCUUCAGAGGCGGUACAUGUUCCUGCAAAGACUAGUAGAUCACCAGAGCGAAGCAAUAGACUAAACCCCGCCGGUGGCACGGCCAAAAGGGGUUCGCGUCACGAAUCACAUCUUGAUUCAGUCGGCAACCUCAAAGAAACGCACGCAACGAUCAACACAAGCAGCAUCACUAAGCCACACGGAGCCCUAGCGCAGAAGAGAAAGCGGAUGGAAAAUUGUCCGGUCUGUGAUCUAUCCGUACUGAGAAGCAAGUUGGAGGAGCAUGUGCACAAGUGCCUGAGCGACGCGGAUCUUCGUUCAUUCGUCGCUGAAGACGAUGAAGUUAGCACACCGUACGGUUUAGCAGGGGCAUCUUCUAAACCAGUAGCAGGAGGAUCAACCAGAUUUGUCGCGACUAAACCUUCGUCUCAACCGCAUUGUCCCCUCUGCGAUUUGGCAGUGCCGAGAGAAGAGCUGGAAUAUCAUGUUCAAGCAUGCAUGGUCUCUGAAGGGCUCGAAGGGUUGUUCUGAGGCUAAAGGGAUGUAAGGAGAUUUCAAGAAUCGCCGUUUUUCAGGCGUGAAUGUUUCUGCGGCAGUUGGUUGCUUACGCCUACACAAUGACGCAAAGCGGCGACUACUGACAAGCUUAAACUAGAGUUUGGUGGGAAAAAAAAAGUUUGUUGAUUACGUAAUCGGGCUGGCCUGGCUAUGUAUUAAUU